ACUUGAGAUGAUGAAAAAGUUUUGACACACAACUACUCUGGCACCUCUCCCGGGCCUGUUUGGAUUCAUCCUGGAUCGCUGCAAGGCCACUCUGAGAGCAAUGACCUUCAGAGGGAGCACUUCCAAGUCCUGUGUUCUUUGGAGGCCACAGAUUGAGCUUCCUGUUUGCACACCUGUUUGCACACAGCAUGCUCACAGAUAAAUCCCCGGGGAUUUGGGGAGUCACUGGGGUCAGACACCAUAAGGAGGAAGACGCUACAAUCUCACCUCUUGAAAUUUUUCUUUACACCAUGAGGACGGGCAGACAUGCUUUGCCAGCUUUUGUUCUGAUACUUGUUGUUCGCCUCACAGUAGCUGCCUCAGUCCAUGCAGAACCGCAGUACAUGGUGCUGGUCCCCUGCAAGCUCUUCACUGAGGUGCCUGAGAAAAUCUGUCUCCAUCUGCAUCACCUGAAUGAGACAGUGACUGUAAGUGCUUUCCUGGGUUCCAACGUGGGAAACAGGAAACUGUUCGGUGACCUCGUGGUGGACAAGGACUUGUUCCAGUGCAUUUCCUUCACUCUCCCAAGAUACUCAUUCCCUAUGCAGUUCGCCUUCCUGUUUGUCCAGAUACAAGGACCAACACACACGUUCAGCAAGAGCAAGGGAGUGCUGGUGAAGAAUACAGAAAGUAUUGUCAUUGUCCAGACAGACAAACCCAUGUACAAGCCAGGACAGUCCGUGAAGUUUCGAGUUGUGUCUGUGGAUAAAAAUUUACACCCCCUGAAUGAGUUGUUUCCUCUGGUUUAUAUUGAGGACCCCAAAACGAAUCGAAUUAUGCAAUGGCAGAAUGUUACAUCAGAGAAUGGAAUUAAACAAUUGUCCUUCAGCCUGUCGUCAGAGCCCAUUAGGGGUGUCUACCAGAUCGUGGUCCUAAAGCAAUCAAGAGCAAAGAAAGAACACUUCUUCAGUGUGGAAGAAUAUGUGCUCCCCAGAUUUGAAGUGCAAGUAAAAUGUCCAAAGACAGUCUCAUUGCUGGAUAAAGAAGUGAAUGUAACAGUGUGUGGAACAUACACCUAUGGGAAGCCUGUCCGAGGACAUGUGAAGUUAAACAUAUGCCGAAAAUAUCUUGCCGACUCUUAUUUUGGACAUUUCUCUGGCCCACUUGCUGAAUGUGAAGAGAUCAGUCACCAGCAGCUGGACAACCAAGGCUGCAUCACACAACCAGUAAUAACCUACAGGGACUUCACAGAUUGGCAGAAGAUUCAACGUGUUGUUCUUCAUGUGAAUGCCAACAUUACAGAGGAGGGGACAGGGUUGGAAUUCACUGGAACUGGGACAACUGAAGUUAGGAAAGCCAGAACCAAUCUAGUAGUUGUGCGAAAAGAUUUACAGUUCAGAAGGGGGAUUCCAUUUGUUGUUCAGCUACUCCUUGAGAAGAAAGGAGUUCCUAUCGUAAAUGAACAUGUCUCCCUACACGUGGAUAAAAUAAACUCUUAUACCACCAAUGCUACCACUGAUGAGCAUGGCCUGGUAGAGUUCUCCAUUAACACCACUGACAUUGAACAUUCCUCCUUCACUUUCAAUGUCUACUACAAGGAGCAGGGUCUUUGUUUUAAGAACUAUUGUAUUAAAGAAGAACUCAGAGAACUAGUUUAUGGUGUGGAUUCUGUUUUCUCCUUCAGCAAGAGCUUUGUCUACCUUGAGCCUGUGGCUGGUGCCUUACCCUGUGGCCAAAUCCAUACAGUUCAUGCACGUUACAUUCUGAAUGGACAGGUCUUGGGGGAGCUGAGGGAGAUGAUCUUCUAUUACCUGAUCACAACCAAGGGCAGCAUCGUUCAAACUGGAACCCAUGCUUUCCUCAUGGAACCAGGAGAAUCUCAAGGCCACUUUAAUCUGUCGGUCCCUAUGGUGCCGCACAUGGCUCCCGUCGCCAAAAUGCUCCUCUACGCCAUUUUACCCAACCGGGAAGUGAUCGCGGAUUCUGCACAAUUUAAGAUCGCAAAUUGUCUUUACAGCAAGGUGGGUUUGAGCUUCAGCCCCGCGCAAAGUCUCCCAGCGUCACAAGCCCACCUGCACAUCACAGCUGCGCCUCAGUCGCUCUGCGCCCUGCGGGCGGUCGACCAGAGCGUGCUGCUCCAGAAGCCCGAGGCCGAGCUCUCUGAGUCCUCUAUAUAUGACCUGCUAAGUAUGAUGGAUUUUGAUUACAUCACAACAUUAAAUCAUUUGACAAAUGAUCCAGAAAACUGUCAGAAUAAUGAGCAUAGAGACUUUGAUAGAAUCUCAUAUUCUCUAUCACGCAGAAAUGACAAGGACGCUUUCAGAUACAUGGAGAGCAUGGGCUUAAUCGCAUUCACUAACUUGAAGAUCAGAGAUCCUAAAUUGUGUCCUGACCAUACAUCAUUACCAAGAGCAGUGCCAUUUAUGUUACCCCAGCUUGAGACUUCUGUGGAACUGUAUAAAAAGCCACUCACUGAGACUGUGCGAAAGUACUUUCCAGAGACGUGGAUCUGGGACCUGGUACUGGUGAACUCUUCGGGCGUGGCCGAAGUCGGAGUCACGGUCCCAGACACCAUCACCGAGUGGAAGGCCGGGGCCCUCUGCCUGUCCCCGGACGUGGGACUCGGCCUUUCCCGCACCGCCUCCCUCCGCGCCUUCCAGCCCUUCUUCGUGGAGCUCACGAUGCCUUACUCCGUGGUCCGUGGGGAGGCCUUCACGCUCAGGGCUACCAUGCUGAGCUACCUGCCCGACUGCAUCGGGGUGAGUGUGCAGCUGGAGGCCUCUCCUGACUUCACAGCUGUCCCCGUAGCAGGAGACCAAGAUUCUUACUGCGUGUGCGCGAAUGGGAGGCAGACCGUGUCCUGGCUGGUGACCCCCAAAUCGCUGGGGACUAUGAAUUUCUCUGUGAGUGCGGAAAUGCGACAGUCCCCAGGUCUCUGUGAGGCAGCUAAGGUCCCUGAAGCCGGGAAGAAAGACACCGUUGUCAAAGGCCUGUUAGUUGAGCCUGAAGGAAUCAAGAAAGAAUAUACCUUCAACUCACUUCUGUGUGCCUCAGAUGCUGGGAAAUCUGAGAAGUUAUCCCUGAAGCUCCCACCAAGAUUGGUGAACGAUUCGGCCAGAGCUUAUUUCUCUGUUUUUGGUGAUAUAUUAAGUUCUUCCAUAAAAAAUAUACAAGACCUCCUCCAGAUGCCUUACGGCUGUGGAGAGCAGAACAUGAUCCUGUUUGCUCCUAACAUCUACAUACUGAAAUAUCUGAAUGAAACCCAGCAGCUGACCCAGGAGAUCAAGUCCGAGGCCAUCGGCUAUCUCAAUGCUGGUUAUCAGAGAGAGCUGAACUACAAACACCCCGAUGGCUCCUACAGUGCCUUUGGGCAUCAACAAGGCAAGAUUGAAGGCAACACAUGGCUCACAGCCUUUGUACUCAAGACCUUCGCCCAAGCUCGGGCCUUCAUUUUCAUUGACGAAACCCACGUUACCCACGCCUUGACCUGGCUCUCCCGGAGGCAGAAGCACAGUGGCUGUUUCAGGAGCUCUGGGACACUGUUCCACAAUGACCUGAAGGGUGGAGUAGAUGAUGAGGUGACCCUCUCUGCCUACAUCACCAUUGCCCUUCUGGAGAUCCCACUGCCUGCCACUCACCCUGUUGUCAGCAAAGCACUGAUCUGCAUGAAUUCAGCCUGGGAAACAACAAAGGAGGGGACCAACGGUAGCCAUGUCUACACCAAGGCACUCUUGGCGUACGCAUUUGCCCUGGCGGGGAACCAGGAGAAGAAGAGGGAGAUAAUGAAAUCACUCAACGAGGAAGCUGUGGAAGAAGAUAACUCAGUUCACUGGGAGAGACCUCAGAAACCCAGGGAACCAGAGGGACAUUUGUACCAACCCCGGGCGCCCCCUGCCGAGGUGGAGAUGACGGCCUACGUGCUCCUAGCUCUCCUCACAGCCCAGACAGCCCCGACCCCAGCGGACCUGACUUCUGCAGCGCGAAUUGUGAAAUGGAUCACAAAGCAACAGAACUCCUACGGUGGCUUCUCCUCCACCCAGGACACAGUGGUAGCUCUCCAUGCUCUGUCCAGAUAUGGAGCCGCUACUUUUGCCGGAACCGGGAAAACAUCUUUGGUGACAAUCCAGUCUUCGGGGGCGUUUUCCACAAAAUUCCAAGUGGAUAACAGUAAUCAUCUAUUACUGCAGCAGGUCCCACUGCCAAACAUUCCAGGGGAGUACGAAAUAAAUGUGUCAGGGGGAGGCUGCGUGUUCACUCAGACAGCUUUGAAAUACAAUGUGUUCUCAGAGAAGGAAGAAUCUGGCUUCGCUCUCCAAGUGCAAACAAUACCCCAGACUUGUGACGGUCCCGAAGCCCACAAGAGAUUCCAGAUUUCACUAGAAUUCAGCUACACAGGGAGACGCCCGGUCUCUAACAUGGUGAUUGCUGAUGUAAAAAUGAUAUCUGGAUUCAGUCCACUGAAACCAACAGUGAAAAUGCUAAAUGGAUCUGGUGCUUUUGUUGAAUGAAAGUGAGUGGUGGGAAAUGCCUGUCAUUUCACUUUGGAAAGGUAAGAUUUACUUGCGAUGCUUAGAUUUGGGGGCGGGCUCCUGUUCACUGUUGCCCUGGCACAUGUCAGUUACUGAAUAAAAAGUCAAAUGUAACGUCAAAUCCAGAGCCACAGAGAGCAGGGUAAAGAGUUUAGUUGCCAAGAAAACAGUGAUAGCUCAACAAUGCGAAACUUCAUCUAGAGGAAAUCAGCAUUGAAUUAGUACUGUUGAAACAACACAUGGAUUAACACCUGGUAGUUCCUUCUAAUGUACGUACAAAUAGCAUCAUGGAAGCUUUUUAUAUUAUCUAACUUUUAUGGCCUCAUAGAUUUAAUGAACCCAAUGAAAACCGAAUCUCCAUUCUACCUCCCAUCUUUUAUUUCUAGAUAAAAUCUAUUAUUGUUUUAAGCGUCAGUAUUUCUUAAGCCAUAUUUGAGGAAAUCAUGGUUAAUCUUGGAUGUUAUUAUCUCUCUUCAUCUUGUACAAAAAACAAAACAACAACAGCAACAACAAACUCCAGCAGGUUUAAUAUUGACAUUCAUUGUCUUUCAGUCCCUUCACAUGUCCUUCAAAUGAAUCAAAUUUGGAAUUCUCAACAUUUUCUGCAUCAUUGAAGUAAG